AUGGGGAGGAGGAAGCGAUGCUCGUUAUCCCGGGGGCGUGGCUGUAUCAUCACAAGCCCCUCCCCUACCAGGGUCAGAAGAUUACCUGCUGUGCCAUCGUGGGUGGUGAGGUGCUCAUGGGUCUCCUCUGUCAGCAACCUCAUCUUCUCGCUGAAACUCCCCACCCUCACUUCCGGCCACAUCUCCCCCGUUUUAUUACCCGGGGUUCCCCUCUGCAUCAUCCCCCAGGAGACUUCUCGGGGUUCAAAGGUCAUAGUGGGGAUGAGUGCAGCGAGAAUCGCAGUCUUCUCUCCUCCGGGGCGAGGGAGGCAUUUAUUGGAAACGCAACCAUUCAUCACCCAGAUGAUGGUGAACGCGAGUCCUGAAAAGACAAAGAUAUCGUGUGGAGUGCAUCACAAGAGAAUCAUUUGGUGUGGAUGUGGAAGAUAUCUAGUGGGGCUGGAUGCACAAGACUACAGCAUGACGAGUUAUAAACCUCUACUGAAGGACGUGGUGGAGACAAGCAUCUCUCAUUUAGUGUGUGCCCUCGGGCAGCUGUGGGCAUCCUUUGUUGGGCGAGCGGAGCUGGUUAUGUUUGAUACCAGUUGUGAGACACAGAGCUCCCAGCCUAUUGACUGCCAUCUAAUUCUGGGAGGAUGCUCAUCUCACGAGGCAAUCAUCACAGACUUGGUCUCCGGUGGGGAAGCCGUGUGGGCAUCCACCGAAGGCGGGCACGUGAUGACCUUUGACCCCAUUUCUGGCGAGGUUCUUCUCGUCCACCGUCGCUACUGUCACGUCUCCUCACUGGUGUCCGUGGCAACCGAGCAGGUGGUCGUCUUCGGACGAGAGAGGGUGGAGGGGAUGGAGGGAGAAGAGGACGAAGAGAAACACAUCUUCACGGUCUGGGAUUCCUAUGUCAAGUAUAGGAUUGCAUGA